UUUACUAUAAUAUUUUUACAUGAGUUUUUGCAAUGUUGAAGUUUAAAUAUGGAGGACAUGGCAGCGUUAAGGAUUUGGCGGCAGUGGAGCCUAUUACAAGCCGUUGUUCACGCCUUAAUCAGCUUUUACAGGGUAAGAACAGUGCUUAUGGAAUAAGUGAGCUGAGGAGAGAGACCUUGCUGGAUGCUCUGCUCCUGCUCUAUCAGGAGUGCAAUUCUCCUGAGUUAAUGAAGAUCAAACAUGUAGCCAGAUUUGUCAACAAAUUCUCAGACACAGUGACUGAGCUGCAGCAGCUUCAGCCGUCUAAGAAUGAUUUUGAAGUGAGAGGCGUCGUGGGUCGAGGCCGUUUCGCUGAGGUGCAGGUGGUUAAAGAGAAGGCCACAGGAGAUGUGUAUGCCAUGAAGGUUAUGGAAAAAGACUGGGUUCGCUCUCAGGACAAUGUGGCAUUCUAUGAGGAAGAGCGGGCGAUUCUGGCUCUCAGCGCCAGCCCCUGGAUCCCACAACUUCAGCAUGCCUUUCAGGAUCAGGAUAAAAUCUACCUGGUGAUGGAAUACCUACCAGGAGGGGAUCUCAUGGCGCUGCUCAGUCGAUACGAGGAUCAGUUUGAUGAGCCGAUGGCUCAGUUUUAUCUGGCUGAGCUGGUGCAGGCCAUCCAUGCCGUGCACCAGAUGGGAUUCGUGCAUAGAGAUGUGAAGCCAGAGAACGUUCUUAUUGACCGAACAGGGCACAUUAAGUUGGCAGACUUUGGAUCUGCUGCCAAAUUAACAACAAAUAAAACGGUCAGUUCCUCUAAGCUUCCAGUGGGAACUCAGGACUUCCUGGCUCCAGAGGUACUCUCUGCCAUGAAUGGAGGUCCUCAGUGCAGUUACGGUCCUGAGUGUGACUGGUGGUCUCUGGGAGUUAUUGCUUAUGAAAUGAUCUACAUGAAGUCACCAUUCACCGAUGGAACCUCUGCCAAAACCAUCAACAACAUAAUGAACUUCCAGCGUUAUCUAAAGUUCCCUGAGGAUCCCAAGGCCAGCUCACAGUUUCUAGACCUGGUACAGAGUUUGCUCUGCAUGGCACGCGAGCGGCUAGGCUACGAGGGUCUACGGUCUCACCCUUUCUUCUCCACCGUGGAUUGGAGUGGCCUCCGAUAUGCCGUCCCUCCUUUCGUUCCCUCGCUCCGCACUGAGGAUGACACGUCCAAUUUCGAGGAGCCGGACAGGGCCCCUCAAAGACUGCGUGCUGCCCAGCGAGAGCCCCAGCGCCCGGGCUUUCAGGGACAAGACCUGCCCUUUCUAGGCUGGUUCUUUAGCCGGGCCCUAACUGCACUGGCUAAAUCUGAAGCAGUGGCGGCAGGCCUUAACUCUCCUGCCAAGUCCAACUCUAUGGAAAAAAAACUGCAACUUAAAAGCAAAGAACUUCAAGACACUCAAGACAAAUGUCACAAGAUGGAGCAGGAGAUCUCGCGCUUCCAGCGUAAGAUGACCGACUUGGAGUCGGUACUUCAGCAGAAAGAUGUGGAGCUCAAAGCUUCUGAAACACAGAGGAGCAUCCUGGAGCAGGACCUCGCCACCUACAUCACUGAAUGCAGCAGUCUGAAGCGUAGCUUGGAACAGGCUCGUGUGGAGGUGUCUCAGGAAGAUGACAAAGCUCUACAGUUGCUCCAUGACAUCCGUGAGCAAAGCAACAAGCUGCAGGAAAUUAAAGAGCAGGAGUACCAUGCUCAGCUGGAGGAGAUGCAGGUGACCAUUAGGCAGCUGGAGGAGGAUCUGUCGGCUGCCCGGCGCCGGAGCGAUCUGUACGAGGCCGAGCUCCGGGACUCACGCCAGACCAGUGAAGAGCUCAAAAGGAGGGCUGCAGACUACCAACAAAGGAUUCAGAAGGCCAAAGAACAGGGCAAGUCUGAAGCAGAGGAUCUUCUCACCAAGCUGGAGAGGACCAAUGCAGAGCAGCAAGUAAAAAUCCAGGAGCUUCAGGAUAAGCUGUCUAAGGCAGUGAAGGCGAGCACAGAGGCCACAGAGCUGCUGCAGAACAUCCGACAGGCUAAAGAGCGCCUGGAGCGUGAACUGGAGCGGCUACGCAGCAAAACCGACUCCAGUGAUUCGCUGCGCAGACGUCUACGUGAGACUGAGGAUGGCAGGAAGACUCUGGAGAACCAAGUUAAAAGGUUGGAGAUGGUGGAGCGCAGGGAGAAUAAACUAAAGGAGGACAUUCAGACCAAAUCCCAGCAGAUUCAGCAGAUGGCUGAAAAGAUCCUGGAACUGGAGGAGAAUCUGAGGGACACCCAGGCUACAGCCCAGAGGAUGGAGGCUCAUCUUGUUCAGAAGGAAAGACUGUAUGAGGACAAGAUCAAGGUGCUGGAGGCUCAGAUGAAAGCAGACUUGGCUGAUAAGGACGUGCUAGAGGCCAAGCGAGCUCAGCAUGAGGAGGAAGUGCGUGAAAAAGGCAAACUCCUAAGCGAGCAGAAAGCUACCAUCAAUGCAAUGGACAAUAAGAUGAAGAGUCUGGAACAACGUAUUGCUGAGCUCUCCGAGGCCAAUAAACUGGCAGCCAACAGCAGCAUCUACACCCAGAAAAACAUGAAAGCUCAAGAGGAGAUGAUCUCGGAGCUGCGUCAGCAGAAGUUCUACCUGGAGUCACAGGCAGGAAAGCUGGAGGCUCAAAAUGCCAAGCUGGAAGAACACCUAGAGAAGAUGAGCCAACAGGAACAGAGUAAGAAGAGUCGGCUAAUGGAGCUGGAGGCCAGACUUCGUGAGAUGGGUCUGGAGCAUGAGGAGCAGAAGCUGGAGUUGAAGAGGCAGGUGACAGAGCUGACGCUCUCUCUGCAGGAGAGAGAGUCUCAGAUCAGCAGUCUGCAUGCAGCACGUCAUGCUCUGGAGAGUCAGCUGCAGCAGGCCAAGACCGAGCUGGAGGAGACCACUGCUGAGGCUGAGGAGGAAAUUACUGCUCUUAGAGCUCAUAGAGAUGAAAUUCAGCGCAAGUUUGAUGCCCUGAGGGACAGCUGCUCGGUCAUCACAGAUCUGGAGGAGCAGCUGACCCAGUUGACCCAGGAGAAUGCCGAAUUGAACAGGCAAAACUUCUACCUGUCCAAACAGCUGGACGAGGUGACUGACGAGAGUGAGGAGAGGCUGCAGCUUAGCCAGGAUGUAGAAAGACUGCGCAGAGAGGUGGCUGACAGAGAGAUGCAUCUCAACAACCAGAAACAGAACAUUGAGACGCUGAAGACGACAUGCAGCAUGCUGGAGGAGCAGGUGGUGGAGCUGGAGACACUAAACGACGAGCUUCUGGAGAAGGAGAGACAGUGGGAAAGCUGGCGCUCCGCCCUCGAGGAUGAGAAGGAGCAGGCGGAGAGACGUACACGUGACCUGCAGCGUCUCCUCGACAACGAGAAGCAGAACCGACUCCGGGCUGACCAGCGUAGCACCGAAUCACGGCAGGCUGUAGAGCUUGCAGUGAGAGAACACAAGGCUGAAAUCCUGGCCUUACAGCAUGCCCUCAAAGAGCAGAGGCUUAAAGCCGAAAGCUUGUCUGAUACAUUGAAUGACCUGGAGAAGAAGCACGCCAUGUUGGAGAUGAAUGCUCGCAGCCUUCAGCAAAAACUAGAAACUGAGAGAGAGCUCAAACAGAGGCUCAUGGAGGAGCAAGGGAAGCUGCAGCAGCAGAUGGACCUGCAGAAGACCCACAUCUUUAGACUGACCCAGGGUCUGCAGGAAGCUCUUGACCAGACUGACCUUCUCAAGACUGAGAGAACAGACCUGGAGUACCAGCUCGAGAAUAUUCAGGCUGUGUACUCUCAUGAGAAGGUGAAGAUGGAGGGCACUAUUUCUCAGCAGACCAAACUCAUCGACUUCCUACAGGCCAAGAUGGACCAGCCCAUCAAGAAGAAGAAGGGUAUUUUCGGGCGCAAACGGGAAGAGAUUGGUACCAACACUAACGGGGCCACAGCUUUGGCACCAGGUCCACCCGCAGUGCCCAUGCAGUACUGUGACAUGAAAGCGGCACUGGAGAAAGAGCGAGCACGCUGCACGGAGCUGGAAGAGGCGCUGCAGAAAAUGAGAAUAGAACUGCGCUCCAUGCGAGAGGAGGCGGCUCACUUCAAAGCCCAGGAGCAUGUAGCCCCCUCUACGCCAGCCUCGGCCCGCCACCAGCUCCUUAUGUCUGCCAUCGUGAAGUCGCCUGAACGGCAGCCAAAUCCCAGCAGCUUGCUUAACCCAACCAGCUCAGCCAGACGCAAGGAGACCUCUACGCCUGAGGAGUACGGGAGGCGUGUGAAGGAGAGGAUGCACCAUAACAUUCCUCAUCGCUUUACCAUGGGGCUCAACAUGAGAGCAGCCAAGUGUGCCGUCUGUCUGGACACGGUGCACUUUGGCCGACAGGCUGCAACCUGCUUGGAGUGUCAUACUCUGUGCCAUCCUAAGUGCUCCCCCUGUCUUCCUGCUACAUGCGGUCUGCCCCCAGAAUAUGCCACCCACUUCUCUGAGGCUCUGUGCAGAGACAAAGCCAACUCGCCAGCUCUACAGGUUAAAGAAGCUUCAGGACAUAUUCGUUUAGAGGGCUGGAUGAAGCAGCCCAGGAAUGGAAAACGAGGUCAGCAAGGCUGGGAAAGCAAGUAUGUCAUUUUGGAUGGAACUAAAGUCUCCGUCUAUGAAUCAGAACCCAGAGAAGAUUCAGUGAAGCCGCAGGAGGAGUUCGAGCUGUGUUUGCCUGAUGGUGAGGUGACUGUGCAUGGUGCUGUGAGAGCAUCAGAGCUCAUCAACACUGCCAAAUCAGAUAUACCAUACGUGUUAAAGCUGGAGUCUCAUCCCCAUACGACGUGUUGGCCUGGUCAAUCCCUGUACUUCAUGGCUCCCAGUUUUCCUGAUAAGCAACGCUGGGUGGCUGUUCUGGAGUCAGUGGUGGCCGGCAGCAGAAGCUCCCGUGAAAAAUCUGAAUCUGAUGGAAAACUGUUAGGGAACUCUUUGCUGAAGCUGGAGGGUGAUGACCGGUUGGAUAUCAACUGUACUUUACCACUGACUGAUCAGAUCGUGAUGGUGGGUUCAGAAGAGGGUCUGUAUGCUCUGAAUGUGAUCAAGAAUUCUCUGACUCACAUCCCGGGCCUGACCGCCGUCUUCCAGAUCCAGAUUCUGAAGGAGCUUGAUAAAUUGCUUAUGAUCACUGGAGAGGAGCGAGCUCUGUGUCUGGUGGAGAUUAAAAGAGUGAAGCAGUCGCUGUCUCAGUCUCAUCUCCCGGCCCAGCCUGAGCUUUGCCCUUAUAUCUUUGAGGCAGUGAAGGGAUGUCAUCUCUUUGCCUCUGGCAGGAUUGAUAAUGGAAUGUGCAUCUGUGCUGCAAUGUCCAAUAAGAUUACCAUCCUGCGCUAUAAUGAGAGCCUCAGCAAGUUCUGCAUCAGAAAGGAAAUUGAGACAUCAGAGCCCUGCAGCUGCAUUCACUUCACAGGUUACAGCAUCAUUAUCGGCACAAACAAGUUCUAUGAGAUUGAGAUGAAGCAGUAUGUACUGGAGGAGUUCCUGGAUAAGAACGAUGUGACUCUGGCCUCAGCUGUUUUCGCAGCCUCCUCCCACAGUUUUCCUAUCUCCAUCAUCCAAGUGUCCUGCGCCCCACAGAAGGACGAGUACUUACUCUGCUUCCAUGAAUUUGGAGUGUUUGUGGAUGCUUACGGCCGCAGGAGUCGCAGUGAUGAUAUCAAAUGGAGCAGACUGCCUUUGUCCUUUGCAUACAGAGAACCUUACCUGUUCGUCACAUAUUUCAACUCUCUGGACGUGAUUGAGGUUCAGAGCCACUCUGCCCUUGGGCCUCAUGCAUACGCCCACCUGGACAUUCCUAACCCACGCUACUUGGGGCCUGCCAUCUCGUCUGGUGCAGUAUACCUGGCCUCCUCUUACCAGAACAAGUUAAGGGUCAUCUGCUGCAAGGGCAACCUGGUGCAAGAGAGCUCAGCAUCUGAGCCCCAGAGAAACGGCUCCACCCGCAGCCCGAACAAGCGUGGUCCACCCUCCUACAACGAGCACAUCUCAAAGCGACUGGCUGCAGGCCCGGGGUCUCAGGACAGCCUGCAGCAGUCGGCGACCCCACGCCGUUACCGCGAGGCUCGGACCGAGUUCCGCAGGGAUGCUUCUCCCACACUACUGGACAGGGAAAAAUCUCCAGGCCGGCUGAUGGACCAGAGGUUGGACAGAGCCAUGGAGCCUCGGCUGGAGCGUUCACCCGGGAGAGUGAUGGAGCUGAGGAGGGAGAGGUCACCCGGCCGUGCUUUUGAAAGGCUGCACACGGGAUCGUCACGCACACCCAUCAACGGGGUCAACAAGGUCUGGGAUCAGUCAUCUGUGUGAGGUACACGAACCCUUCAACAGAAGAGUGAAGCAGAGCCCAUACUCACCCCGUCAGAUUUAGAAGAAUGAUGUAGUAAGUCAUGUGACCCAGUAAACUAGCCGAACAGAGGCACGUGUAAAACCCCUGCACAGUAUAGCUGAUACAGCACAAUAUCUCACUGUAGAAGGCCUUAAGAAAGAAUUAACACCAAUAGUUUUAGUAUUAACACUCAUAUGGCCAGCAGUAUGAGGAAAUCCUAACAUUUCAAGUCUCUUAAAAGGGUUAAAUGAGCUGGUGUGGAAUAUUGGAUGUAAUUCAAUUCAAUAUCUCAUGACAAUUCACAAAUUGAGGAAGAAAAUAUAUUAUGUAUAUGUCUCUAUUAUUCUGUCCUGUUUUCUCCCUUCAUCUUCUCAAUCUGAGCUGGGAUGCCUGAAAGCACCAUGGCACGCAGAUCAUCACGAUAUGGUCCAGCGAGUAUCACUCUGAGCACCGUCUCUAAUCUCUAACGUGAUCUGAUCACUGUGAUGCUUUUUGGAAACCAGGCCCUGCACAGUCUGCACUCUCAGCUGUUUCUGUCUUUCUCUCUUUUGUUUUCACUGCACUACCCAUAAUGCACGGCAAACAGCCUGCUGGCCCUGUUAAAGGAACAGGAACUUUAUAACAUUUCAGGAUCUCUUAUGAGAUUUGUAUAUAAGCUGAUGUUUUCUUUUUUUAAAAGGAAAAAAAGUAUAAAAGGGAAUACUAAGGCUGGAUAAGCCCUGUCUAUUUUUGUUAAUAAAAAGUGCACUCAUUUGUAAACAUUUCCACAUGAAUGUUUGAUCUAAAUAUAGGCACAUUUCCACUGCUGGAACCUUUUUGGGAACUUUUGUCGAUUUUAUUUAUCAGAACUGUAGUUUCGGGUGUAGAUUCAGCUUCUGCAACUGAGUAGGUGGUUGUUUUUUUUGUUGUUUUUUUGGUCACAGACCCAUCUUAUAAAUUAGCCCUGUAAAUUAAGAGUGCAAAUUAUUCAACAUCCAGAGCCUGACCUGGUGUCUCAGAGGAGGUAUUAUAUUAGCUUCAAACAAAAAAAAACAGAAGUUCAGUGUUGCUGUACUUUUUACCAAUUACAGUAUUGUGGUUACUGCCACACAGUUAUCAUCAUUCAUAACAGAACAGAAACCUGAAACCAAAAAGAGUUCCUAAAGCCUUCAGAAAACCUUUAACCCCUUAGAACAUUCCGCAGAGAUUCUGAACUCCUCGGUUCGAAACUCGGCAUUGCCACCGGUCGGCUGGGCGCCAUCUAGCGGGCAUAAUUGGCAGUGCCUGCAGCAGACACGUUUCUGCUAGGGUGGGAUGACCGGACUAUGUGGGUGGGGUGACCGGACUAUGUGGGUGGGGUGACCGGACUAUGUGGGUGGGGUCUUCAAAUGCUGUGUAAGGACCCUGAUUAGCAGGGUUCGACUGCAAUCAGGAAUCCCCCAGCAGCGGAAGACAAACUGACUACACUAAAUUGGGAGAAAAUGCAUAAAUAAAAUAGAAAACAAGAAGAGUUUUAAAACCAGUCAAGAGAAUCAUGGGAAAGUUAGAUUUGAAGUUGAGUUUAAGAAGCAUUCCAUGUAGCUGUAAAAAUCUGAAUUCCUCAAGAGUUCUAGAGCAUUUAGUAUUCAUAGGGCAAUAGUAGCUCAGUGGUUAAGGUACUUCUGAUUACGGGGCGGCCCGGGGGUUGGUGGGUAGAACUGUCGCCUCACAAUAAGAAGAUCCUGGGUUUGAUUCCAGAGUGGAACGGUCCGGGUCCUUUCUGUGUGGAGUUUGCAUGUUCUCCCCAUGUCUGCCUGGGUUUCCUUCGGGAGCUCCGGUUUCCUCCCACCGUUCAAAGUGACUGUGUCUGUGACUGUGUUUGACAUUAAAGACUUGAACUGAUGAAUCUGUCCUGUCAUGAAUGUUAUCGAAGUGUGUAAAACAUGACAUUAAAAUCCUAAUUAAUAAAUAAAUAAACUUCUGAUUAUUAUUAUUAUCAAACCAAUUUAAGCCCCACUGUGCCAUGUUGCCACAUUUGGGCCCCUGAGCAAGGCCCCUAACCUUCAAGUGCUCAAAUUGUAUUCAGUCAUAAUUGUAAGUCACUUUGGAUAAAAGCGUCCACUAAAUGCUGCUAAUGUAAAUGUAGCAGAAUUUGAAAAAGUUCCUCAAAAGGUUUCAGGAUCUUGAUGGAAACGUGUCUUUCGGUCCAUGCAUAUGCUUUAAAGUGAAACAUUUAGCUCGGGUCUGUUUUUACUGGUGUAUGUAUUCAUAUUGUAAAAGCAAAUUGACACUUAAGCUCUCAGACCUGCAUAUCUGAAUCAUUUUGUACCGUUUGCUGACCGACAAGCUCUUGUAUCUAUAGUGUUUAACUGUCCUAUCUCAGAGCUUUAGGCGAUAUUUAAGCAUUAUGACAAUGAUCGCUUUUUACGGCACGGAAAAAUGUAUCGACUGGUGACCGUUUAUAAAGCCGCCUGUUGUAUUUUGGAAGGUCCUGGCUUAUUACUCGAGUCAGCAUGACCUUUGACCCUCAGGAUAUAAAUGAAUGAUCAGCAGAUUUUGAAUGAAUGGAAAGCUGUAGUGUCAUGCUCAGCCAGUGGUUCACCUGUAAUCAGCUAUCCAUAGUAACUAACCAGUAUUGCGUUCCAACAGUGCUGAGUCACACUGAGACACUACACUAACCAUUCGUGCGGUGCCAUCUCACACUGUAGCAUGUAAACUGUGUGAGACAAACCAUUUACACUCCUUCUGUUUUGGCCUCGUUUCCUUUCCUCGUUACUUGAUGCACUUCCUCCAUUGUGCUCUCAAUCCUGAUGUCCGAGAACUGCUGACAUGAGAAGUAGCUUUCCUUGUAGUUUUUACUUUUUUAAAUGUCAAAUUGCAUUAAGUAUAACAACUAUUAAAAGAAGCUCUAUCUUU